UGCACACUGAUACCUCACUAUACCCAACUUCAUCCUCCUCUUCAUCAUAUUCUUGUCUAAAUCCAAAAAAAAAUUAAUAAAAAUGGUAUCUCAAGAAGCUGUUCAAGCAGCUUCAAGAUCUACUGACCAACCGUCAAGUCCAAGAAUCUCAUUCUCCACAGAAUUUCUCGACGAAAACAACUUCAUUUCCAUCACUCCGAACCAUCAUCAACCACCCGAAAAAGACCAAGAAAGUUCAAGAAUCAUCCCUUCAGACUUCGAGUUUCUCUCAAACACCAACAAAAUCAGCAGCCACGCCGCCAUGUUAACGGCGGACGAGCUCUUUUUCGAAGGCAAACUACUCCCGUUCUGGCAAACGGAGCAAUCCGAGAAGCUUCACAAAAUCAAUCUCAAAUCCAAACACGAGUUAGAUGAUGAAGACGAACAACAAGUGAUCAUCUCCAGCAAGUUAGAAGAGUCUAGGGUUUGUAAUAAUAGUUGGUUUGUCGAUGAAGAUCCGUCUCCAAGACCGCCAAAAUGCACCGUUUUGUGGAAAGAAUUGCUGAAGUUAAAGAAGCAACGAGCUAACUCGUCUCUGUCGCCAUCUUCGUCUUCUUCGUCUACUUCUUCUUCUUCGAGCUCGUUAGCUGAUGCAGCUAACUCUGCUGAAGAAAAGAAAAAUGGCGGCUCGGGGAAUAAAGAAAAAACUGGUGGGAAUGGGAAGAGAAUUAAGAAGGGAUUGGAGAGGACGAGAUCGGCGACUAUUAGGAUUAGGCCGAUGAUUAAUGUGCCGAUUUGCACCCAGUUGAAGAACAGUUCUUUGCCGCCAUUAUUUCCUCUUAAGAAAGGCAGAUUAGAAAGGUGAUUAAGGUUAAUUAAUUAGAGUUUAAUUAAUUAAUCUUUAGGACUGUUCCAUUUGUUACUAUUUCUUCUUGUCAGUUCUGUUUAAAUUAUUUCAUUGCUUUUUUUUGUGUCUAGAUUAAUGUUAAUUAUGGUGAGUUUCUCAUGAAUUAUAAUGUAAAUGCUGACAUUUAUUAAUAUUUCAUGUUA